UUCAAAUUUUAUCGAUAUAAUCAUGAUAAUAUAAAUAUUCCAUAAACGAUAAGUGUUCGAGUGCUAUCGUAAACCGCUAUAAAUUGAAAUAAUUUGCCUGAGUGUACAGAGAAUCCCGAACUUUUCAGCUAAAAUACUGUCUUGACGUUUCUCGAGGGAUAAAAAAGACGUUAUCGUCACGUUAUCGUCACGUGCUGGUGUUAGCUAAUAAGAAACUAGAGUUAGAGGAUAAUGAAGAAAAUUGGCACGCGUCGCGCACGCGGUCCAAGUUUUACUCCAUUCUAAAAAAAAUCGUUCCGUUGGAAUUUAACUAGUUGAGAGACAAGUGUCGCGUUGCGAACAAUACACAACUGAUCGUAUUGUAUGCCCGGCUCGACCAUGAGGAACUGGUAAAAAUCAAUGACGCAUGGUUGGAAAUUAGACGCUGCAUCAUCGUCUAAACUUACUCUAUUUAAAGUAUUUCUAUGAUCUUUGUUUAUGAAAUUUUGAUGUAAAAUGAAUGUCAUUUGCUCUAUAUGUAGCGAUCAAUUAAUACAGUCUGAUGAUAUUUCCUAUACGAGAUGUGGACACGUAUUUCAUCUGCACUGUUUAACAUCGUGGCUUGAAAGAUCAAAAAGCUGUCCACAAUGCAGAGAGAAAGUUACACAAAGUAAAAUUCAUAGGCUUUAUUUUACAUUUUCAAGCAAUGACCUGAUAGUUGAGACUCAAGGCUCGACAUUGCAAGAAAAAGUAGACAGAUUGAAAUUUCAAAUUUUGUUAAAGGAAAAGGACAUCCAAUAUUAUUCCUCAAAAAAUGUCACUUUAGAAAAACAAAACGCUGGCUUAAAGCAAGAAGUUCGAAAAGUAGAGAGUGAAAUUAACAAAAAAAAUGCAGCGAUACAUGCUUUGAAGGAACAGAUGAAUUAUUUCAAAGAACAGAGUUCUCACUGUGAUAAUCUAAAGAGAGAAAUUAGUCAGUUAAAAAAUAAGAUUGAAGACCUUAGGCCAAUACAAGUAUUAUUACAUGCUCCUGUCAGUGAUGUUAGUAAAAUGGUUGGAAAAACUAAAGAUCCUCAAACACUUAUUAUGUAUAUUUCUAUCAUGAAAAAAGAAUUAAUUGGAAGAUUUAAUAAAUGUAAACAAUUACGCAUGAGUGUUAAAAAGCUCCAAGAAGAACUUUCUAAAGUUAAUACAAAAUCUCAUACCUUAUUAGAACAAUCAAAACGAAUGGACUUAGAAGAAAAGCUGGCAUUUUCAGAGAGCAGAAAUACAGCAUUACAAAAACGAGUUAAUGAAUUAGAAGAGAUACUUGACAUCAAUGAACAGAGUAAUAGUAAAUUAGAAGUCCAAAUAACAGAAGAUGUAAACAAUAUUUCUAUAAAAAAUCCAAUUGAAAAAACAUCAAAAAAAUACAGUCAAGAUAUCCCAAAUAAAAAUUCUAUAUUGAAUUGUACUACUAAACAAAAAACUGAAAAGAUAUGCAAUGUUAAAACCAUACAACAAAAAAUACAGGAUUGUCAGGCAGAUAAUGAUACAAGUGAUUUAGAAUUAGAUUUAAUAAAUUGCAACUCCUCCAAAAAUUCUUCAGUAGAGUCUAAGAGAUUUAAAUUGUCAGAAGAUGAUAUAAACGUUUCACAUACAAGUCAUAACAAUAAAUCCUCAAAUAGUCCUAUAUCAAAGAAAAGAAGAAAAAAUAAUACCAAAAAAAAGGUAUCUGACAUUGAAGACAAACAUGAUAGUAGUGUGAUUGAUCUUACCUAAGGAGUUCCUAUAAGUACUGCAUAUUUUUUUAUAUGAAUCAUUAUUUAUAUUUUAAAAGUAUAUAUAGUAUUUUAUCAUUGUAAUUAAUGGACGUUUUCUGAGUUUUCGAAAAAUAAAAUAUUCUACUUUUA